AUGCCUUCGCCCAAUGACCGCCGGCGCGGCGUCUGGAGCCAUUGGGUUCCGCUCGUCGUCACUGUCACCAUCGCCAGCGCAGGAUUAGUCGCUUGGGCUUUCAGUCAGCGCAAGGAGGAGGACCACCCGAGCUUUGACCAGGAGCACGAGCAUCUCGACUACGAAAACGCCGACUAUGGCGACAACCCGCCGUACGGCGCAACCAACCGUGACCGUGGCCCCCGUCCCGGCCCCGACUCCCAGCCGCGCUCGGGCUACGGCGCGCACCCUCGACACGCAGACGAUGCAUAUGGAACGCAAGCCGAGGCCAGCGGCUCCAACUGGGGCGCUAGAGUGUCUGGUGCCUUGCGCCGGACCCCUAGCCCUCAGCAGUUCUUUGAUUCGACCGGCAAGACCAUCACCGCUGGUGUUGCGGCGGCAGGUGCCGCCAUAGGCAAGACUCUGGCUUCUAUUCGCGAAGAGGAUAAGUAUCCCGACGAUAGUAGAGUCUGGUCUGAGGAAGCCGAUGCCAAGAAAGAACGCGGUCCUGUCUCUGGUGAUAGGCGCCGCCGUACUGUUGCCGUCGUUGUAUCCGCCGAUAGCCCCUUGGGCCGCUUCGCAGACGAUGAUUUCCAUGAGCAUGCUUCCAUCCUAUCUCACAUUCCUCGCCAUAACGACUUCUCUCGCAUCAAGCUAUAUGUUCUCAUCUACGCUCCCAAUCUAAAAGAUAAUGCGUUGGACACUGCUACGAGUAACCGGCCGCCGCCGUCCCUGAGCUCGUCAUUCUCUAACAUUGGUCAUGAUCAAGCUCAAACGCCUGGUGAAGAGAGCAAGAACCCCAUUGCUUCUACCGAGAAUACCGCUUUCAAUGCCACCUACUCGCAGGCUCUUGCCCUUGUCGACAAGGAAACCAUGAUUCUUCCCUUCACCACCCCCAACGGCCAUGUUCACAUUCUGCGACACCUGCAGCCAGAUAUCAUCUACCUGCAAGAGUCGCUUAGUGGCGACAGUGGCAGCAUCAUCACUAACAUGCAGACUUGGCUUCGCCAGGAUAUUAUGCUUGUUGUUGGUGCCGAGAGUGGCUCUGGGGGUCUCGCGGAUAGCGAGUCGGAAGCUGAGCGUUCUACAAAGACACAGCAAUGGUGGCAAAGACCGGAUCGUGUUGGCCGCGGCAGGGGCAUCGUUGUCGUGGACAGCAUGCGCGUGAGCGACGACUGGGCUCGCCGCGUCAAUGGUAUUGAAUAA